CAGCUCUGGAAAAAAAAAAAAAAAGUGGUUUCAAAGGCCCAGGCUUUGAGCAUGCGUAUUAUUGCUUGCUGAAGCCAAUCCUCUGGGCCCGGGACCUCUUGUGCACAUGCGCAGAAGGCUCAAUGACAGUCGCGCGCUGGCUAAGGCUCUGGGAAAAGGGGCUGGUCAUGUUGCAUGUGACCUGGAGGUCCAAGGUCCGAGUAUGGGCCUUGGUGCCUGCUCUUCUCGGGACUCCCCGGGCUCUGUCAACCCUGGCAGACAGGAUGGGGGUGUACCGCAAGAUGUGGAACCCCAAGGAGCCCCGCGACUGGGCCCAGCAGUACCGCGAGCGCUUCAUUCCAUUCUCCAAAGAGCAGCUGCUCCGCCUCCUGAUUCAGGAGUUCCACUCCAGCCCAGCAGAGAGAGCGGCUGUGGAGGCCUUCUCAGCUCAUGUGGACUUCUGUACCCUGUUUCACUACCACCAUCUCUUGGCCAGGCUGCAGGCCUUGUAUGACCCCAUCAACCCUGACAGAGAGACCCUGGACCAGCCAUCCCUUACUGACCCCCAGCGCCUGUCCAGUGAGAAGGACGUGCUCCAGGCUCUGGAGCCCCUGCUGGCCCAGGCCAACUUUUCUCCACUCUCUGAAGAUGCUUUGGCCUAUGCACUUGUUGUCCAUCACCCUCAGGAUGAGGUCCAGGUGACAAUAAAUUUGGAUCAGUAUAUCUACAUGCAGUUCUGGGCUCUGGGCCAGAGAGUUGGGCAGAUGCCCCACAUGUCCAGUGUGGGUUCCAAGCGCGGCUUCUUCCGAAAGUUGCCCCCUGUGGAGAGGAGAUAUUUCAAGCGGGUGGUGUUGGCGGCCCGGACGAAGCGGGGGCACCUGGUUCUGAAGAGCUUCAAGGAUACUCCACUGGAGGGCUUAGAGCAGCUGCUGCCGGAGCUGAAGGUGCGCACGCCCUUGCUACAGCGUGCCCUGCUCAACCUGAUGCUGGUGGUCUCCGGAGUUGUGUUCUUCGUCAAUGUGGGCAUGGUGGUGCUGUCUGACCUCAAGAUGGCUACCUCCCUACUACUGCUGCUCUUUGCCGCCUUCAUGGGCCUGAGGGCCUCCAAGGUGUUUGGGCAGCGUCGCAGUGCCCAGGCGCUGGAGCUGGCACACAUGCUGUACUACCGAAGUACAUCCAACAACUCAGAACUGCUCAGCGCCCUGGCACUGCGUGCACAGGAGGAACACAUCAAGGAAGCCCUGCUGGCUUACAGCUUCCUAGCCCGCCGGCCAGGGGCCCCCCAAGGCCUACAGGAAGGUAAGCCCUCCCUGUCUCCUAGGUCCUUCCUGCUGUUGCUCAGCCUCCCCUAUUACUUCCCAGGCCCUCCCUGCUGUCCCCCAGGCCAACCUUUCAGUUCCCAGGCCCUCCUUACUAUUCCCCAAGCCACCUCUUCUGUACCCAGGUCCCCUGCUAUUCCCCAAGCCAACCUUUCAGUUCCCAGGCCCUCCCUUCUGUCCCCCAGACGCCCCCCCACCGCUGUCCCCCAUGUCAAUCCUGCUCUCCCUAGGCCCUCCCUGCUGUCCCCAGGUCCUACCUUCUUGCCCCCAGGCCCUCCCUUCUGUCCCCCAGGCCCUCCCUUCUGUCCCCAGACUCCCCGCACUGCUGUCCCCCAUGUCAAUCCUGCUCUCCCUAGGCCCUCCCUGCUGUUCCUCAGGCUCAGGUUUCCUCUAGGUCCAGCUUGGACACAGUCUUUCCCUGCAGAGACCUCCAGGUGGUUGCAGUCUGAAGUGGAAAGCUGGCUUCUGGCCCAGUCAGGCUGUGAUGUGGCCUUCAAUGGACCUCGGGCCCUGGCCCAUCUUCAAGCCCUGACCCCCACCUUCGGGUUGUUCCCACCACCUGAGUUGCCACAACUGGACCAGCUGGUCCUAGGGACUCCAGAGGCCCCGCAGGCUGCGCCAGGCAGUAGCUAUCCCUCACCCUGACCUCUUACUGCCAGGCCCCGCACUGGUGGGGUGCCAGGCUCUGCCUCCUCCACAGCAAACCGUCAGUCGUGGCAACUGCAUCUCCUUCCUGGUUGUUGACAGGCCAUGAUUUCUGCUAGGCCAUUAGUUUUGCUAUGCUAUAGACUUAAGAGUAGCCAAUCAGGGCCACUGGCAGUUGCUAGGCAGCCUAUUGAGGUCAGCCUAUCAAAGCCUUUUAUUUCAGUUUGUUAUUUUAUUUCUCAGCCCCGCCCCUGGCGGGAGCCUCACCAGAACCGGUGGAGGGGCGGGGCUUGGGGAGGCUCGACACAGCUGCUGGAUUGCAGCUGCCAGCGUUUGCCACAUUGAGACCGGCCAGCCUGUGAAAGCUGCGCCUGGAGGCUCUGCUUCAGCAUCUGUUUAGCCUGCACAGGAACUGCUGCCACAAGCACCCGGGCGGGGCCCACUGCAACCCUCGAGCUGUUUGGCCCAGACACACAGCGGGUGACAGACACUGGGCAAUUGAGCCGUGGGCAGCCAAUCAGAAUUUCUGGAGGGCCGCCUCCUCUUCCAUGUGAGAUGAGCCAUCUGUUCUGCAGCUGAUCCUUUCUGCAUGAAGGCACUGGGCUGGGAACUUCCUGCCCCAAAGAAGUUCUGCAGGAUUCCACCCCAAGAUCACGCUAGCUCAGGCCUCAGCAGGGUCCUAGGCCUGCCCUACCUUGCCGCAGAAACCACUUCAGCCUGGUUCUCCUAACCUGUGCAAUAUUUAUCCUCCCUUACCCUCCUUCAGAGGAAUAAAUCAUGUGUAAUAAA